AAAUUACACAAUUAAAACUAAAAGUUAAGUAAACAAAGAAAGUAAAAAAGAAGAACACAGAAGACGUUCUUCUCUCUUUUCAAGUAUUCGCAGAUUGUGUUCUUAAAUCCUAAACCCUUUUGGGUUUUACAAGAAGUCAUCUUGAACAGGAAUCCUAAACCUUCUCAGUGUUGACCAUCCCUUUUGCUAACCAUGAAGAGUGCUCGGGGAUCUGGUGUAGAUAAAAUUAGCAAUUUGCCUUGUAAUGUUCUGGAUGGAAUUCUAGGGUGCUUGUCUUUGAAAGAUGCAGUGAAGACCAGUAUCUUGUCAAAAAACUGGCGGUACAAUUGGGUAACACGUAAAGAACUUGAUUUUGAUGAUGAAUUUUUCAGAUCUUGCAAAGACAAUCAAGAAGCCAAGACAAUCAUUUACCAAGUCCUACUACUCCAUGAAGGACCAAUGCUGAAGUUUAGACUUCAAGGUAGUAGAAUCCAAGGUCCUCAGUUGAUGAGUUGUCUUGAUAUUAAUCACUGGAUACGCUUCUUGUCAAAGAAAGAUGUCCGGGAAUUCACCCUUCGCAUAGGCUCAGGCAACGCAUAUCAUUUACCUUAUCAGCUUUUUACAUGCCAGCAACUAAGGCAUUUGGAACUUAAGCUAUGCUUGUUCCACCCUCCACCCGGUUUCAAAGGGUUUGGGAAGCUUAUUAAUCUUGAUCUUCAUGAUGUCAUUUUUGUUCCGUCUCUCAUUUCCAAAUGCCCGUUGCUUGAACGAUUGAGGUUGAGUUGGUGCAGAGGCUUUGACAUUCUUGAGAUUGAUGCCCCUAAUCUCAAAUGCUUUCACUUUUCUGGAAGAUUUAAGUCCAUUUGCUUCAAGAAUGCCCCUGUGCUUAGAGAAGUUACUAUAGUGUUGCUCGAUGUUUUUCCAGAUCCAUCACCACCUGUUUCUUCUAAUGUUACAAAGUUCUUCCAUUACAUGCCUUCACUACAGACGUUGGAUAUAUGCGGUUCAACAUUAGAGUACUUAACCAUGGGAGGUUUACCAAAGAGUCCCCCGACUGCUCUGAACAAUGUCAAAUCUCUCGAAUUUUCUGUCACAACUUUAAGAAAUGUUGAGGAGGUUUCUGGUGCUGUUUACUUGAUCACAAACUGUCCUAAGUUACAGGAGCUUUCAAUGGAUUGUGACUCAGUGCCCGAUGUUGUGGAACCAGUUGUAGAAUUCUUAGAAGCCCAAUCAAUAACCUCAUUUGGUGCUGCGAAGCUGCUUCAAAAAGUGGAGAUGUGUUACUUUAAAGGUGCUAAGAUGCAAAUGGAGUUUAUGAAGUUUAUUUUGGCAUCUGCACCUGUACUUGAGAAAAUCACCAUGUUGAUGAUUCCGCAUGAGUUUCUUCAUUGUGCGGAUACACAAAUGAUGGAAGAGCAGAUGAAACAAUUCCCCCGAGCACCACCCAAUGUUAGAUUCAUAUUUGUAGAAUAUUAGUUACACUUUGAGUUUAUAAAAACUAUACAGGGGUGUAUUUUUAGUAAUCGAUUGUGAGAAGCAAAAGGAUUGCCUUGAUAAUAGAUGUUUGACAAAGGUAACUAGAGAACGUAAAGCAUGUAUUUGUUUUCCAGCACCCCAAUCGAUUUUGAUCAGUCUGUUUUCCUAUUA